GUGAGACACCAAUACUACUGCUUCUCUCCACUGUAACGGCUGUAUACAAUGAACUACAUUUCCCAGGGUGCAUUGCGGGUGAGAGGUUAUCAGCACUUGUGUAGCUACUUCCUAGCAACUGCACAUCUCUUUCCCCAAAAAAGAAGGACUUUGCACUCAAAAUUGUGCAAUUUUCGUGAUCUUUCACACAUAUAUGAGGGCUGGUGGUCCCCGGUGCUCAUGAGCGACGUGGCCGCUGUGCAGGACGGUAAUCCCGGGGAAAACAAGUACCCUGUGCCGCUGGAUUGCUGCGGAGGACUGAACAACGUGGAUUACUCCAAGAUGGACGUGACCCUGAUGAAAGAAGUCCUGAAAUACAUCAACUUUCAAGACUCCAGCUUUUGCAUCGCGGUGAUCGCCAUCAUCUUUAACCCAUUAUUCUGGAAUGUGGUGGCCAGAUGGGAGCAUCGUACUCGCACCCUCUCAAAACUCUUCGGCAGCCCCUCGCUGGCGUGUUACUGCCUGGGAUUCAUCAUCAUCCUGCUCAACGUCUACCGCAGCCACAGCAUGACGGUGGCGAUGAGGCUGCAGGCCCGCUGGGAUCUGAUGGAGCGGACGGAUGUGUUUUAUGUCGGUGUCGCUCUGAUGGUUCUGGGCACGGUGCUCGUGGUGGGAAGCUUCCUGCGUCUGGGGUUCACUGGAACCUUCCUAGGUGGGUAUUUGGGUCUCCUGCUGGCGCGUCACGGUGCCCUGCUUCCCCUCAACGUCUUAGACAACCCGUAGUACUGGGGCAGCACCGCCAACUACCUGGGCCUGGCUCUCAUAGGGGCCAGUCCUGUCGGUCUCGUACUGACUGCGAUAGUCGCCGUGGUUUACAAGGUGGCGAUAAGAAUCGAGGGACCAUUCACCGAGCAGAUCUAUCUGGAGAGGAGUCAGCGGCGUAAACUUCAAUAAUCAACCCCCCCCACACACACACACACACACCCACACACACACACACACACACACACACACACACACACACACACACACACACACACACACACACGACCCGGCACUUCCUGCUCCUGAUCCGGCCGGACAGACUGACACGAGGACGGACUGAAGGACAAACAGAGCUGAUCAUAAAUCUGUCACCAUGAAGGAUUCAAAUGUACGGGAGAGGAAAGUCACAUUUUGUUUACGUUAGGUCACAUCCAAAAAAAAAGGUUUCCAAUGGCCCUUAUCCUCUUCCGUACGAAGGUUCACACUGCAGCUGAAUUAAUAUAUUUUGUUUAUGAUCCUUAAUGAAUGUUGAAGCUACAUUGAGCCGUAUUUCUCACGUCAUUUUGGACAUAUUUGAGUUAAAGAGGCCCAAUUCAGCUUUCUGGGGUUUCUCCCUUCCCUGUCGUGGUCUAUAGAUUUGAGUGCAUGUAAACGGUCUGUAAAGGCUCAAAUCCCUGCCUCCAUUGCACUCCUUUGUUUACUUCAGGAACACUGACACAUUGUCCGUGAUAGGCUAAGGGGCGGGACAUCUCUAAGCUGUUUGACCAAUCACA